GAUCGCACAUGCGCUUUUUUGCUUUGAAUUUUCACCAGUUUGAAGGAAAAAAGUGAAUAUGUACUUUAAUGAGUUAAUGAAUUAACGUGAUACGUGACGUCAAGAUUGGAAUUAACAUUGACUAUAAAUGCUAGAAUUUGGUAGUGACGAUCCUAGAUUGUUUUAUUUCCGACAACUGGAAUAAUUUUAUUUCCGACAACUGGAAUAACACUUAAACAAUGCGUGAGCCAAUUAGUGCCAACAUCGGCCGCAAGGCGAUAUGGAGGAUUCUUGCAUGUCGUUAACGGUCUUGAUGCGUGAUGCCACACCCUAAUUCGUGAGUGCUUGAAAGUAAUACGAAAUUUUAAACAUUUAAUUAAGUUAUUUGUUUUAUAGUCAAGUCAAAUGAUAUUCAUCACUGUUUUCCCAAUAAUGUUCAUUUAAGACAUUGUGUAAUAUUUUCUCAGAAUUUAAAUGGGAGUUAGUUUUAUGUCGGAAAUUGCCCGAUUUUUUUAUCAACGUAGUUUGGUGCCUAAAUUCACGGUAUAUAAGAGUUGACUGCAUUUCUAUGUGUAGCGGCACUUGAAAUGACUGGGUAUGGUACCCUCCCAAUGUUGGGAUUGCUAGUAACCAAGAGUCUGUAAGUUCAACUCGAAACGUCAAGCGUUGGUAUGGGAUUGGCCCACCAUUCCAAUGCAAGGCGGAAUAGCUGAUUGCAAGGCUGAAUAGAGAGGUAAGAGCUAUCAGCUGAUGUCAUGAUAGAUCGGAUCAAAAGCUGUACUAUACGAUUCGGUCCAUCGUGACAGGUCUGAAGGAUACUAGCAUGUCAUUCAAGAGAUUUCAGAUUUUUUUUUUUUUUCAACAACUAUAAUUCAAACCGGCAAACCAAAACUUCUAACAUCUAGUCCGAAUAUUUGAGCAUUUCCUUUUAAGGGAAUUUCAGGUUGAAAUUAGGAAAUUAACAUUAGUGGUGGAAAUGCAAACUAAAAAAUUGUACGCUACGCAAUUAAACACUGUAAAGACAAGUGGAUUUCAACCUUGCCCAAUUCUAUGUUAAUUAGCUAAUGCUAUGAAUUAAAGCAAUGUUCUAUGCUACGCAACUAAAUAGCUAUAUAAAUUAUACCAGACUGAUGAAUACCAAUGAUGUAAUUCUCACUAAUGUUCUAGUGCAUAAAUGCGUUCAGAAAUUUCAAUGUUGUAGAGAAACAAAUAGUUUUCAUUAGGUUUAUUUGAUACAGAAUAAAAACAACGAGGGGAUUUGUUAACGGCAUUAUAUCUGUAUUCAACAAUUCAUUUGGAAACAUUUGUAUGGAACGACUACUGAAUGCAUAAAUGGAAUUACUUAUUUUGGAACGAGGACUGUAAAUGAUAAAAUCAAAUCUGAAUAUUCCAUCGUCGAGCUUGAUGGACAACGCAAUUUUCACGAUUAAUAGUACUUGGGAGCCUCAGUGUAGUAGGAUGGGGUUGCAUAGGUUGUUGUGUAGUAUUUCGGAGCUUCAGUGUAGUAGCUCGGUGCAGCAUAUGCUGUGGUAUACUCGGGGGCCUUUGUAGUAUAAUAUCUUGGAGCCUCAGUCCGGUUAUAUUUGGGGGCCUCAGUCUGGUAAUAUUUGGGGGCCUCAGUCUGGUAAUAUUUGGGGGCCUCAGUCUGGUAAUAUUUGGGGGCCUCAGUCUGGUAAUAUUUGGGGGCCUCAGUGUAGUAAGCUGGAGCAGCGUAAGUGGUAUUAGACAUCUUGUAAAUAGUUUAAACAAACAUCAGAAAUAAUAAUAAAAAAAAAAAUGAAAGGACAAUCGUUGAUGAUUUUAUUGGCUAUUUAUGCGAUGUUUAUGGCGUCGCGAAUCGACGCUCAACGGACGUCCACAGUCACCAGAACGACCACAACUGUAACGACGGUUUCCGUCACUAUAUCCUCAAAAGCGUUGUUUGCGCUAAAUUGGUGAACGUCUCGGGCGUGUGCCGACGUCGCCGAGGAUUGCCGAUCGACGAGCCCGUUAUUCUCACAUUCGAUGAUGAAUUAGAAGACUCUGUCGAUCAGGCCUUUCAUCACGUCCUUCAUCCAAAUCAAUUCCUUCCAACCAGAACCCUCGGUGAACUACCAACCACUACAUCUACAAAAGUAGAAAUUUUCAUCGAAAUCCACGAUUUGGUCGCCACAUCGAUUGGUCGACUUCGCGUGGAUUGACUCUAUAAACUUUAUGUGGAAAAUCCUCGUUACAACAAAGUUAUUGAAGUUGCCAUACAUCACUUUGUGUCACACGAUCUUGAUUUCUUCUAUUAUCGCGAUUUUUAUCUUUACAAAUGCACCAGGCAAGAGUGCCCAUAAUCGAGCAGAGUGGAGGAUGGCUCCUUUAAGUCGCCCACUAUCUGGGUUAAUUCUUCCUCAUAAUCACUACGGGAACCACCUUGACGCAGCUGGUAAUACCAUCGAUGUGGACCUUGAAAAACAGUACUUUGAAAAAUCUGGGACUACUCUAGCAGAGGUAUGGGGUGAAGUAGUAUUUGAUAGAUAUCCUUGUGUUGCUGAAUAUGUGGAUCCGGAUUAUUCCGAAUUCAGUCAAGAUCGGCUCAACGUGAAAGAUCAGUAUUGGUUUUCGCAGCAUGUUUGCACGAGCCCGUACUUUACGCAAAUUGUUAAGUGUAAAAAUCUAACGGGUUGUAAUGGGCCGAGAAGCUCAUACUUGGCCGUUGUUCCUACACGGUUUAUCCCUCCUCCGAUUCCGUUGAUACAAACUAACAAAGGUUUAAAAGCUUCUUAUCGAAGUGGCUUUGAAAGUCACGUCUUUCCAUCUUUAUUUUUAUCGCUUCAUCUUUCACGCGACUUAUUGCCUACUUCAACUAAAGAAUUCCAAACGCUCCCUUAUGAUCUGUACACACCCUUGGUUCAGUCACAGUUAUCGGAUCGAAUUUGCAAAAAAUUUUCGCUUUAUUUUGCAUCGGAAGUUAUGCUGAAGAGUCACAUGAUCGUACACAAAAAGAAGACUCAAAGCGCAAACACAGUCAUUGAAAAAGAGAUCAUCGUCGCAAGAACUAGACCUGUUCGCAUCGCAGCGAUGCGACAGAGAGAGAUGAUGGCUAUUAUUGUAUUGUAAAAUCGUUCGACAUUAACUGUGUGUGACCUUGUAAUAUAGCCUUUAGCAGCAAGACAUAACUAGGCCCAAAGGGCCAAACAAAAAAAAAACAAAAAAAAAAACCAAGAAAGAGUGAGGGAACGGAAGAAAGGGGCGUAAUAAACGCCGUCUAGACAGCUCUUUCAAUUUAGCCACCUCAGAUCUUUUUUCGCUCUCGCGCAGCAAGCAUGGCUAAAUCUAAGAGAUCUAAACGAUCCCGUAAAUCGAGUUCAGAUUCAAGCUCGAGCUCAAGCUCGGACUCUGACUCUUCUAGUUCUUCCAGUACCUCUAGUUCUAGCUCCUCGGACUUUCUUGACACCAAGCCCAAAAAGUUCGUUUUCAAAAAACGUAUUUCUGGCCGUCUCGCUAAGUGGGUUGUAAAGGGAAUCCCCGAGAAGCAAGUGAAAGCGGCUAGAGAAGCAUUUAAGCCUUCGGUCGAGAAGCUGGACAAGAGAUACGACACUUCCAACCUUUUCACCAACCCUAGAUUGGACGAGACACUUUACGCGGCCCUCAAAUCGGUCAAAAAUUCCUGGGCCGCCAUCGCUAAUAUCGACCCGCAGGAAAAAGUGUAUAGAAGGCAGACUGACUUGAUUUUGGACAUGGCCAAACCACUCUUGUUUCUUGUUAACAAGAAUAAAUUCAAGAAGAAAUCUUCCGACGCUUUGGCCCUAAAAUCACUGACGAUGUUAUGGUGUCAUCUCUUCAAAGAUAUCUCCACCACCCGACGGCUCACCAUCUUGUCGCCGGUUCACCCUAACCACGUCGGCCUUCUUUCUCGCUCUGCUGAGACGCUCCCCAUUGGCGGUGAAGAUCUCUUUGGCGACGCUUUCAUCAGGGAACUUUUGGCCCAAGUCCAGACUGCUGCACUGGUCAACAUCUCCGUCGCUCCUUCUGCUACAUCCACUCCUGUCAAACCCAGGCCCCAGCCACCAGCAGGUCCCAGCAAUCCUAAUUUUUCUCAACGGUAUCACGACAACAACCGGUAUGUCUUUCUUAUAUGUGUUUUUCUGUUAAGUUGGACACCAUUUGCUCUCGACAAUUUUUUCUGUCCCCGCCCUUUUUGACUUCCGUAUAGCUGGU